AUGCCAACCCCCGAUGUGGUGCAAGUUGACAUCCCCGCAGAAGCCAAUCCCGACGGCUACAGUGAGCUGAUGUGGUUCCGAGCGCGGAUCAAUGCAAUCUCCGGAGUCCACUUCUUAAAUCUCAUCCUGAUUGUUAUUGGAUUUGCAGUGAGCAUAGCAUCUCUUGCUUUAGGAGUACAGUUCACCACGGUGCUACCCUUGCUGGCAUUCGCAGGGGGCUUCUUUUGCAAUAUCUUUAUUAAUUAUAUAACACUAUUCCUAUCCACGCCUCUAUUUCUUAUUGUCGUUAUCUACGGAAUCUAUAGUCUAAGCCUCUUUAUCUUGUUUGCUAUCUCAUCUGGCAUAGGAUCCUUUUCGUCGAAAGAGCUCGCUGCAUUUGUGUUGGACAUAUGCUUGCUUCCGUUGGGCAUUACCUUAGUUGUGUUAAACUUAGUGGUGCGCCGGCUGAUUAUCAAGACCAUGGAGCACGUAAUGCCCAAUGCGCCUUUGCCAGGCACUGCCCUUCGGUACUCCUACACGAAGGCAUACACGAAGAUGAAGUCGAUGAACGAUGAAGCAUACAUUAUUCUGGGGCAUAGCGACAUUGGAGAACAGUGUCAGCCCUUAGUAAUAGCUGCCCCCGAAGAAAGCCAUAAGCCAGUAUUGCGAGAAUUUGAAAAAGACCGGCGCAAGGGAAUAAUUCGCUCUGGAGGCAUAGGGAUUUUAAGGGGCUCACACAAAAAUAUAAACCCGGAGGCAAUAUCGUACCGCUAUAUGGCAAAGACGUUUCUGCCUCUAGGCUCUGACUUUGUCCCAUCAGGUGUUAUAAAAUAA